AUGCCAGUUACCCGAUCACAGAAGGAGUACAAGACAGCCGAUGCGACAUCACUUACGAGCGCUGCCACAAGUGCCACGCAAGAUACCACGUCAGGGACUACGGUUACCAUAGGGGCCGAGAGGACGAUGGUGUCCACGGAAGCCACAACAGCGAGCCAGCCAGGUCACACCAUGACCCUGGUACCCGAGGGUUCUACCCGGCGAGCUGGAACAGCUACGAGGUCCCGAGCCAGCACGAACAGACGGAGGCUCGAGGCCAGAGAAGAGUUGGCACGCCUUGAGCUCGAAGAAAUACAGGCAAAGGCACGCCUGCUACGAAUGCGUUUAGAAAUGACGGAAGAAGAGGAAGAAGACUCCAUUGCCGAACAUGAAGAAGCCUUCCAGGAACGAGACCGCAACAUCCGGAGCUGGAUGGAAGCUGCUGCCGCCGAGCCACCACUGCUACCUGGAGCCGCUGCCGAGGAGCCUGCAACUGCUGGACCUGCUACUGCGGGAAUGGCCGCUGCUGGAGCUAUUGCCGUCGGGCCUACCGCUGCUAGGCCUGCUAUUGCUGCCGGACCUGCCGCUGCUGCUGCAGCCGCUACCGUUGGUCCUGCUGCCGUGAAGAAAGAAGCAUCAGCCGAGGUUCAACUCAUCGCAGAGGCGCUACGAGAAGCAUUGUCUCACAACGCGACGAUGACUACGCAGCCGAGAUAUAUUCAGGAGCUUCCAGUCUUUGAAGGAGAUAGCACCGAGUGGACGGCAUUUAAGGUCGUAUAUGAUAAUACAGCUUCUCUAUUUUCACCAGUUCACAAUAUGGCAAGACUUCGGAAUGCGAUCAAAGGGGAAGCCAGGGAAAGUUGCAAGAGUCUUCUAUACUCCAGUAUGAAGCCCGAAGAUGUUAUGGAAGCACUACGUCGGCGCUACGGGCGGCCUGACCUACUAGUGAUGGCUGAAGUGAAGAAAUUGGAGAGCAUACCUCCGAUUGGGCAUAGCCCGAGGGAGCUCUGUAACUUCGCCAAUAGUAUCAGCAACAGUGUCGCGGCGAUCAAGAGCUUGAACAGACCCCAGUUCCUGCAUGCACCAGCAGCUGUGAACUCAAUAGUUGAGAAGAUACCACACGGCUUGAGGUAUCGGUGGUAUGAAUAUGCAUCGGCGUAUCCAGAGGAAGCAAAGUAUAAUGUGGAAUUGGUGAGUGCUUUUCUCAAUUUAGAAGCAGAUAGGUGUAGCGCGUUUGCAGGAGCUGUGGAGCAUAAGCCGCAACAUCCGGGCGCGACUGCGAGAAAACCACAGAGAUACACCACGAACAACGUGACGCGGGUCGCCGAAACCAUGAAAUGUCCAGGGUGCGAGGACAACCACCGAUUACCUGAAUGUCCUAAAUUUUUGAAAAUGAGCGUCAGUGACAGAUGGGAUGCCGUAAAGAAGGUGAAGGUAUGUUUUAAGUGUCUAUCAUUGAAACACCGGAAGGAAAACUGUAGAAGGCCGCCAUGUAAGACAUGUAAGAGAUGGCAUCAUGAUUUGUUGCAUGUGUUUAAAGAAGUAGAACAAUCCGCGGAAUUGGUCAACACAGCUAGAAACUCCAGAGCACUGCUGAAGAUGGUCCAGGUUGAAGUCUACGGGCCCAGAGGUAGCAAGAAAAUAAUGGCAUUGUUGGAUGAAGGUUCCACCGUGACACUUCUGCAUGAGAAGAUCGCAGACGCAAUCGGGGCACGUGGACCUCAAGAAGAACUAACUAUCGAAACAGUAGGCGGUGGACAGAUGCAACAUCAAAAGUCUAUGAAGAUCGACCUGGAACUAAGAGGUACCAAACAGCAAAGCAGAGGUAAGCUCAAAGGAGUACGAACCGUGAGGGAGCUGAUUCUGACGCCUCAACACCUAAACAAGAAUCAGUUAAAAAGAUACAAACAUCUAACGAACAUCAUUGAUGAUAUAUAUUACGAGGCGGAGGAACCAAUGCUGCUUAUCGGACAGGAUAACUGGGAGUAUAUAGUGUCCUUACAGGUGCGCAGGGGAAAACAGGGACAGCCGGUCGCAUCCAGAACCAAACUCGGAUGGGUUUUACACGGCAACGACAGCAGCCACUUAUCCCCCAUAAACUAUGUGAACACUUGCGCUCACCUGAACACCGUCGAGGAAGAGCUUGAUCACCUGGUAAAGGAGCACUUCACGAUAGAAUCUCUUGGAAUACAUCCGAAAAGACCAAGUACGGAUAUGGAAGAGCAAGCCACAAGGAUACUGCAUGAAACCAGUAGGCGCUUAGAAAAUGGAAGAUUUGAGGUUGGUCUCCUGUGGAAGCAAGACAACAUGCAAUUGCCAAACAACUACGAAACUGCUUUGAACAGGUUCAAGGGGAUUGAAAAGAAACUGCGUAAAGACAGUGUAAUGAAAAAGGAGUACAGUUCGCAGAUAGAGAAUUUGCUACACUGCCAGUAUGCUGAAGAGGCGCCUGCUGACUGUAAUUCAUCGAGGAAAUGGUUCCUGCCACAUUUUGCUGUUCAACAUCCCCUGAAGAAGAAGUUGAGGAUCGUCUUCGACGCGGCGGCGAAGACAGCUGGAUGUAGCCUUAAUGACGCACUGCUACCCGGCCCAGAUCUACUUCAGUCAUUGUUUGGAGUGUUGCUGCGUUUCAGGGAGGGUCCAGUUGCAAUAGCAGCAGACAUCAAAGAAAUGUUCCUACAGGUGAAGAUUAGAGAAGAGGACCGAGAUAGUCUACGAUUCCUGUGGCGGGACAAUGAGAAGGCCCCAGUGAAAGAAUAUAGAAUGACUUCAGUAAUAUUCGGAGCCGCUUCUUCACCGUGUACAGCAAUUUAUGUAAAGAAUAAGAACGCACAAGAAUAUCAAGAGGAAUUUCCCGAAGCAGCGCGGGCAAUAGAAAGAAAUCAUUACAUGGAUGAUUAUCUCCAGAGUUUUCACAGCAUAGAGGACUGCAAGCGAGUUAGCCGUGAAGUGGACGCUGUACAUAAGAAGGCGUGCUUCGAGCUACGUGGUUGGGCGUCGAAUAAAAUUGAAACAAUAAAUUCCGAGGGCGCUGAAGAAGUAGAUCUAGGCGACAGCGAGGAGAAGACCCUAGGUUUACGAUGGUUAACGCGUAGCGACGAAAUUGCAUUUAGGAAUCAAUUCAGAAGAAUUCCUGAUGAAGUAGCAAGUGGUGUGAAGACCCCGACGAAAAGAGAAGUCACCGGAGCGGUUAUGUCCACCUUCGACCCGUUGGGUCUUAUUUCACCCAUCCUCAUUCAAGGGAAGAAGCUGAUCCAGCAUAUAUGGCGAAGUGGGGUCGGAUGGGACGAUAAGAUCACGCAAGAAGAUUUCAUUCGAUGGAAGGUAUAUUUGGAGGACAUAAAGAAGAUUUCAGACAUCCGGCUGGCUCGGUGCAUAUCACCAACGUGCACCGAAGGGGAGCUUCACACAUUCACGGAUGCCAGCGAGACAGCCUACGCCGCAGCGGUCUACUGGAGAACAAGUUACGCAGACAGACAUAAUGUAUACCUCAUAGCAGCUAAGACUAAAGUUACACCAUUAAAGCCAGUUUCAAUGCCAAGGUUGGAGCUUCAAGCAGCGUUAUUAGGAUGCCGGCUAGCUGACUCAAUCGAAAAGGAGCUGGAUUUGAAGAUCAAUAGGAAAGUUUAUUGGACAGAUUCUAGCGUUGUGCUGUCGUGGAUCAAGGCAGACCCCAGAACAUUUAAGACCUUUGUGGCUCAUCGGUUGGCAGAGAUCGAAGAUUUGACAAGACCACAAGACUGGAGAUGGGUGCCCACGGCAGAUAAUCCAGCUGACGAUGCGACUAGGAACCUACCGAAGAACUUCAACUGUAUGCAUCGGUGGUUCAAGGGUCCAGCUUUCUUACGUGAAGACGAAGAUCAUUGGCCUGCUCCACGAACAUUUAAGAAGACUGAGUCAGAAGAAGACAAAGCUCCAAUAGAACGUGUCAACAUUGCGACAAUCUGUGUCACACCACCUUUAGAAAAGUUCUCUUCGUGGGCAAAGCUGUGGAGAUCGACAGCACGAGUACUGCAAUUCAUAAGUUUAUGCAGAAAGGAAGGAGACACGUAUGAAGCCAGAAACAGCGGAUUGGCACGACACUUUAAGCCGAUAGAAGAGACUCAUUUGAAACGCGCUGAAGAUUUACUUGUGAGAAGAAGCCAACAAGAAUGCUUUAGUAAAGAAAUACGCUGUCUGCAGAAUGGGAAACUUAUAGAAACCUCUAGCAAAUUAAGAAAACUGGACGUGACCCUUCAAGAUGGAAUAAUCAGACUAAAGGGGCGGAUAAACAUUAUAAGAGAUAUGGAUGGGAAUUUUCUCUCUCCUACGAUUUUGGAUGCGCGCAGUCAUGUAGGCAGGUUGAUAAUUGAUUAUUUUCACAGGAAGUUUAAUCAUGGAAAUCAGGCAACAGUCAUGAAUGAGAUCCGGCAGAAGUACUGGAUGAUCGGCCUACGUCCAGUCCUACGCAGCGUGCAACAACGGUGUCAGCAUUGCAAGGCGGCUAAGGGAAAACCAGCGGUACUACCAACGGGUGAUUUACCCCCUGAGCGACUACAACACGGAGCUUAUCCCUUCACGUGUAUCGGUCUAGACUACUUCGGACCUCUAACAGUCACCAUUGGAAGAAGACGAGAGAAGCGGUGGGGUGCACUUUUCACUUGCCUUACCACCAGAGCAGUGCACAUGGAAUUAGUGCCGAGUCUAACAACCGACUCAACAAUAAUGGCGCUCCGACGAUUCGCGGCUAGAAGAGGCAUGCCGAAGAUUAUCUACUCCGACAAUGGAACCAACUUCGUGCGGGCAAAUAAGGAGUUACAAGCAGCACUAAAGGGACUUCGAGAGGACGAGCUUGCGACAGAAGCUGAAAAACUAGGGGUACGCUGGAAGUUUAUCCCACCUGGAGCGCCUAACAUGGGGGGCGCAUGGGAGCGCAUGGUACAGUCAAUAAAAACAGCGCUCAAUGCCACACUAAAGGAUCGCUGCCCAAAGGAAGAAGUACUGAUGACACUUCUACUGGAAGCAGAGCACAUGGUCAACUCUCGACCAAUCACGAACAUCGCAGACAACGCAGAAGAAGAGGCGUUAACACCCAACCACUUUCUCAUCGGGAGGUCUUGCGGAGCGGCACGAAUCGGCAGCUUCGCAAAUAUGAAAAUGGUUGGCAAGGACAGUUGGAAGACGGUGCAACAAUUGGCGGAUCACCUAUGGAGAAGAUGGCUACGGGAGUAUCUUCCUACACUCCUGCCACGGAAGGUGGACGAGGCGCCGGGCGAUAACUUGAAAGUGGGAGACGUGGUCAUAAUUGUCGACCGCACUCUCCCUCGAUGCACAUGGCCGCGGGGGAAGAUCUCCAAAACGUAUCCAGGACCCGACGGCAGAACACGAGUCGUCGACGUGACUACGCGAGGCGGGGUGCUACGUCGACCAUCAUCGCGCAUCGUGCUGCUGGUUCCCGCCACCGAGUCGCCGCCCCAGAAGGAUGGUGCGUCACCGCACGAAGGGGAGAAUGUUGGCGACCUUACGACCUCACGUAAAAAUAAGUAG